GGCUGUGUCCCGGGUGGGUGAGGGAGGCGCGGAGGCGGCGAGCCGGGCAGUGGUCCGCGAGCCGUGCGGUCCUCGCCAGCGGCGCCCACUGGCCCGUCUCUCCAGUCCGAGCCGCCGCCACCACCCACCCCGAGAGUCCGGCCCCUGGGCCCCGAGGCUCAGCCCGCGGAGCGGCCUCCCCGGGACACCGCCGGGCGGGAGGAACGCGCCCGCGCCCUUGCCUUCGGCGUGGCCCAGCGCGCGGGCGGCGGGAUGAAGGGCAGCGAGCGGGCCGCGCCAGCGCUGCGGCCCUGGGGGCGGCUCUGGCCGGUGUUGGCGGUGCUGGCGGCCGCUGCGGCCGGCUGCGCCCGGGCAGCCAUGGACGAGUGCACGGACGAGGGCGGGCGAUCGCAGCGCUGCAUGCCCGAGUUCGUCAACGCUGCCUUCAACGUGACCGUGGUGGCCACCAACACGUGCGGGACUCCGCCCGAGGAGUACUGUGUGCAGACCGGGGUGACCGGGGUCACCAAGUCCUGUCACCUGUGCGACGCCGGGCAGUCCCACCUGCAGCACGGGGCAGCCUUCUUGACCGACUACAACAACCAGGCCGACACCACCUGGUGGCAGAGCCAGACCAUGCUGGCCGGGGUGCAGUACCCCAACUCCAUCAACCUCACGCUGCACCUGGGAAAAGCUUUUGACAUCACAUACGUGCGCCUCAAGUUCCACACCAGCCGCCCCGAGAGCUUCGCCAUUUACAAGCGCACGCGGGAAGAUGGGCCCUGGAUUCCUUACCAGUACUACAGUGGCUCCUGCGAGAACACCUACUCGAAGGCAAACCGCGGCUUCAUCAGGACAGGCGGAGACGAGCAGCAGGCCUUGUGCACAGAUGAAUUCAGUGACAUUUCCCCUCUAACUGGGGGCAAUGUGGCCUUUUCAACUCUAGAAGGAAGGCCCAGUGCCUACAACUUUGACAACAGCCCUGUGCUGCAGGAAUGGGUAACUGCCACUGACAUCAGAGUAACUCUCAAUCGGCUAAAUACUUUUGGAGAUGAAGUGUUUAAUGACCCCAAAGUUCUCAAGUCCUAUUACUAUGCAAUCUCCGAUUUUGCUGUGGGUGGUAGGUGUAAAUGCAAUGGCCACGCAAGUGAGUGUGUGAAGAAUGAAUUUGACAAGCUGGUGUGUAAUUGCAAACAUAAUACUUACGGGGUAGACUGUGAAAAGUGUCUGCCUUUCUUCAACAACCGGCCGUGGAGGAGGGCAACCGCGGAGAGUGCCAGCGAGUGCCUGCCCUGUGACUGUAAUGGCCGCUCACAGGAGUGCUACUUUGACCCUGAACUAUACCGGUCCACCGGCCACGGGGGCCACUGUACCAACUGCCAAGGGAACACAGAUGGCGCCAACUGCGAGAGGUGCCGGGAGAAUUUCUUCCGCCUCGGGAACAGCGAAGCCUGCUCUCCCUGUCACUGUAGUCCCGUGGGUUCUCUCAGCACACAGUGUGACAGUUACGGCAGGUGUAGCUGUAAGCCGGGUGUGAUGGGUGACAAGUGUGACCACUGCCAGCCCGGGUACCAUUCUCUCACCGAGGCAGGCUGCAGGCCGUGCUCUUGCAAUCCUUCUGGCAGCGUGGAUGAGUGUAAUGUUGAAACAGGAAGAUGUGUUUGCAAAGACAACGUUGAAGGCUUCAGCUGCGAGAGAUGCAAACCUGGAUUUUUUAAUCUGGAACCCUCCAAUCCGAGGGGUUGCACACCCUGCUUCUGCUUCGGGCAUUCUUCUGUCUGUACAAAUGCUGUCGGCUACAGCAUCUAUCCGAUAACCUCUACCUUUCAGAUCGAUGAAGACGGGUGGCGUGUGGAGCAGAGGGACGGCUCUGAAGCGUCGCUGGAGUGGUCCUCUGAGAGGCAGGAUAUUGCCGUCAUCUCAGAUAGCUACUUCCCUAGGUACUUCAUUGCUCCCGCUAAGUUCUUGGGCAAGCAGGUGUUCAGUUAUGGUCAGAACCUCUCCUUCUCCUUUCGGGUGGACAGGCGAGACACUCGCCUCUCUGCAGAAGACCUGGUGCUCGAGGGAGCUGGCCUGAGAGUGUCCGUGCCCUUGAUCGCUCAGGGCAAUGCCUAUCCGAGUGAGACCACUGUGAAAUACGUCUUCAGGCUCCAUGAAGCAACAGAUUACCCUUGGAGGCCUCCUCUUACCCCUUUCGAAUUUCAGAAGCUCUUAAACAAUUUGACCUCUAUCAAAAUCCGUGGGACGUAUAGUGAGAGAAGUGCUGGGUAUUUGAAUGAUGUCACCCUGACAAGCGCUGGCCGGGGGCCCGGGGUGCCUGCCACUUGGGUGGAGUCCUGCACCUGUCCUGUGGGAUACGGCGGGCAGUUCUGUGAGAUGUGCCUCUCGGGUUACAGAAGAGAGACUCCGAGUCUCGGGCCGUACAGCCCGUGUGUGCUUUGUACCUGCAACGGACACAGCGAGACCUGUGACCCUGAGACAGGCGUCUGUGACUGCAGAGACAACACGGCCGGCCCCCACUGCGAGAAGUGUGACGAUGGGUACUACGGUGGCCCAACCUCGGGUACCUCCUCCGACUGCCAGCCCUGCCCGUGUCCUGGGGGCUCAAGCUGUGCCGUCGUCCCCAAGACGCAGGAGGUGGUGUGCACCAACUGUCCUACUGGCACCACCGGUAAAAGGUGCGAGCUCUGUGACGACGGCUACUUUGGAGACCCUCUGGGGAGAAACGGCCCUGUGAGGCUUUGCCGCCUCUGUCAGUGCAAUGACAACAUCGACCCCAAUGCCGUUGGCAAUUGCAAUCGCUUGACAGGAGAGUGCCUGAAAUGCAUCUAUAACACCGCUGGCUUCUACUGUGACCGCUGCAAAGAUGGGUUUUUUGGAAAUCCCCUGGCUCCCAACCCAGCAGACAAAUGCAAAGCCUGUGCGUGCAAUCGCUACGGAACCGCGUCGCAGCAGGGCGGCUGCAGCCCCGUCACGGGCCAGUGCGAGUGUCUGCCCCACGUGACCGGCCGGGACUGUGGCGCCUGCGAGCCCGGCUUCUACAACCUGCAGAGCGGGCGCGGCUGUGAGAGGUGCGACUGCCAUGCAUUGGGUUCCACCAAUGGACAGUGUGACGUCCGCACCGGCCAGUGCGAGUGCCAGCCCGGCAUCGCAGGCCAGCACUGUGAGCGCUGCGAGCUCAACCACUUCGGCUUUGGGCCCGAAGGCUGCAAACCCUGUGACUGUCAUCCCGAGGGAUCUCUUUCACUCCAGUGCAAAGACAAUGGUCGCUGUGAAUGUAAACAGGGUUUUGUGGGAAAUCGCUGUGACCAGUGUGAAGAGAACUAUUUCUACAAUCGGUCUUGGCCUGGCUGCCAGGAGUGUCCAGCCUGUUACCGGCUGGUAAAGGAUAAGGUCGCUGAUCAUCGAGUGAAACUCCAGGAAUUAGAGAAUCUCAUAGCAAACCUUGGAACUGGGGAAGAGGCGGUGACAGAUCAAGCCUUUGAGGACAGACUGAAGGAAGCAGAGAGAGAAGUUAUGGACCUCCUUCGAGAGGCCCAGGAUGUCAAAGAUGUGGACCAGAAUUUGAUGGACCGCCUCCAGAGAGUGAAUAACACCUUAUCCAGCCAAAUUAGCCGUUUACAGAACAUCCGCAAUACCAUUGAAGAGACUGGAAACCUGGCUGAGCAAGCCCGUGCCAGGGUGGAGAGCACAGAGCAGCUGAUUGAAAUCGCGACCCAAGAACUUGAGAAAGCAAAGAUUGCUGUUGCCAAUGUGUCAAUCACUCAGCCGGAGUCUACAGGGGACCCAAACAACAUGACUCUUUUGGCAGAAGAGGCACGAAAGCUUGCUGAACGCCAUAAACAAGAAGCCGAUGACAUCGUACGUGUGGCGAAGACAGCUAAUGAUACAUCAACUGAGGCCUAUAAUCUGCUUCUGAGAACGCUGGCGGGAGAAAACCAAACAGCACUUGAGAUUGAAGAACUUAAUAGAAAGUAUGAACAAGCAAAGAACAUGUCACAGGAUCUGGAGAAGCAAGCUGCCCGGGUACACGAGGAGGCCAAAAGGGCUGGAGAUAAGGCGGUGGAGAUCUAUGCCAGCGUUGCCCAGCUGACACCCGUGGACUCGGAAGCCCUGGAGAGUGAGGCAAAUAAAAUCAAGAAGGAAGCGGAGGAUCUAGACCGUCUAAUUGACCAGAAAUUAAAAGAUUAUGAGGACCUCAGAGAGGACAUGAGAGGGAAGGAACUUGAAGUCAAGAAGCUUCUGGAGAAAGGAAAGACUGAACAGCAGACUGCGGACCAGCUCCUAGCCCGGGCAGAUGCCGCCAAGGCUCUUGCAGAAGAAGCUGCUAAAAAGGGACGAAAUACGUUACAAGAAGCCAAUGACAUCCUCAACAACCUGAAGGAUUUCGAUCAACGAGUGAACGAUAACAAGACUGCUGCCGAGGAGGCUUUAAGGAGAAUCCCUGCCAUCAACCAGACGAUAAUGGAAGCCAACGAAAAGACGAGGGAGGCCCAGCUGGCGCUGGGCAAUGCUGCCGCGGACGCCACUGAGGCCAAGAGCAAGGCCCACGAGGCGGAGAGGAUCGCCAGCGCCGUCCAGAAGAACGCUACGAGCACCAAGGCGGAAGCCGAAAGGACUUUUGCAGAAGUUACAGACCUGGAUAACGAAGUGAACACUAUGUUGAAACAACUACAGGAAGCAGAAAAGGAGCUAAAGAAAAAACAGGAGGACGCUGACCAGGAUAUGAUGAUGGCAGGGAUGGCUUCUCAGGCUGCUCAGGAAGCCGAGAUCAAUGCCAGAAAGGCCAAAAAUUCCGUUACCAGCCUCCUCCACCUGAUCAAUGAGCUCCUGGAGCAGCUGGGGCAGCUGGACACGGUGGACCUGAACAAGCUCAAUGAGAUCGAAGGCACCUUGAACAAAGCCAAAGAUGAAAUGAGAGUCAGUGAUCUCGACCGGAAAGUGUCUGAUCUGGAGAACGAGGCCAGGAAGCAAGAGGCCGCCAUCAUGGACUAUAACAGAGAUAUCGAGGAGAUCAUGAAGGACAUUCGCAACCUGGAAGACAUCAAGAAGACCUUACCGUCUGGCUGCUUCAACACCCCGUCCAUUGAAAAGCCCUAGGGCCAUCUUUCAGGGCUGGAAGGUAGCACCCCGCAACCGGGGAGCUCUCGUGAGGCCACAGAGUGCCUUAACACAAAGAUUACAUUUUUUUCAGACCCCCA